AUGGCUGGAGUUGGAUCAAAAUGGUGGUACGGCACUUCAUCUUCAAGACUAAGAGGGAAAAUCUUGAUUGGUUUCAUUGUUGCAAUUUCAACAUUGACGAUGGCUGUAGCAGAGCCAAGUUUGAAACUGAAAGAUUCAUUUUAUAAUGGGACUCAAAAGGUUGAGCCUCAUCAUGGAACAACAAGCCAGUCGGGUUACAAACAUCUUUGGCCUGAUAUGAAAUUUGGUUGGAAAACUGUGGUGGGUACUAUAAUUACGUUCUUGGGAGCAGCAUGUGGGAGUGUAGGAGGUGUUGGUGGUGGCGGCAUUUUUGUACCGAUGCUUACCCUCAUUGUUGGGUUUGAUUCCAAAUCAUCAGCAGCAAUAUCAAAAUGUAUGAUCACAGGUGCAGCAGCAUCGACUGUUCUUUAUAAUAUAAGAUUAAGACAUCCUACGCUGGAACUGCCUAUCAUCGACUACGAUCUGGCACUUCUAUUUCAGCCAAUGUUGAUUCUGGGAAUUAGCAUAGGAGUCACCCUGAAUGUGCUCUUUAGUGAUUGGAUGAUCACGAUUUUGCUAAUCAUUAUCUUCGGCGCAACAUCAGCCAAGGCAUUCUUCAAAGGUGUUGAAACAUGGAAGAAAGAAACCAAAUCAAAACAGGAAGCUGCUAGUGUGCAGUUGGAUAACUCUGACAACGAAAUUGAAGCAGCGGAGGAAAAUGCCCCUCCUGGAGGCACCACCAGUCAAUAUCAAAUAAAAUCCGGGUCCAAAAAAGAAAAGGUUCGAAAGGUCUCAAUUACAGAGAAUGUUUAUUGGAAGGAACUUGGAAUUCUUGUUGCUGUCUGGCUGAUCAUCCUUGCGUUGCAGAUUGGCAAGAAUUACUCAACCACCUGCUCAGUUGAAUAUUGGUUAUUGAACACAAUGCAGAUCCCGGUGGCAGUCGGUGUAACUUCAUAUGUGGCCGUUAGCCUGUACAAAGGGCGGAGAAAGAUUGCAUCCAAGGGAGAAGCAAGAAAUAACUGGCCUUUGCACAGACUUUUGUUUUAUUGCGUCACAGCUCUUAUGGCUGGCACAGUUGGAGGCAUGCUUGGACUUGGUGGAGGAUUCAUUUUGGGUCCUCUUUUUUUGGAGAUGGGAAUCCCUCCACAGGUGUCAAGUGCCACUGCCGCCUUUGCCAUGAUGUUUUCUGCAUCUAUAUCUGUUGUAGAAUUUUACCUUCUGAAACGUUUCCCCGUUCCUUACGCUCUCUACUUCUUCGUCGUGGCUACCAUUUCUGCCGUGGUUGGGCAACAUGUAGCAGGAAAGCUGAUCAGAAUAUUAGGGAGAGCAUCUCUAAUCAUCUUCACUCUAGCCUUUAUAAUAUUUGCGAGUGCAAUAUUAUUAGGUGGGGUUGGCAUCGGACGCUCGAUAAAACAGAUUGAGAGGAAUGAAUACAUGGGAUUUGAAAACAUUUGCUCAUAG